UGCUUGACAGACCCACUGUGGGGUGAUUCACAGCCUUACACAAUCCUCAAAGCUGUGGGCUGCUCUGCAGUGGCCAGAUUGGUUUCUUGUUACAGGCACUUGCUUUUCACUGGGGCCUUCAGGACUUCCUUCUCAAAAAGAUGGAGACGGGUCACUAUCACCGAAGAGGGCUGGCGAGUUUCGGUGUGGAUAUGUGAUGGUGGCCACCAUGCUGGGGAGUUCCGUGCUGACUUUCCUGCCUGCUGACUGUCGGUCUCUGGGCUGCUAGAUCUGCUUCCUGGAUGUGUUCAAAUCCCCAUGUGUGAGAAUGAAGCCCCAGGUCACCACAGUUUGCUGUUUGAUGUUUUUUAUGACCAUAGAAUGUUUUCAUUUUAAACUCAAGACUCACAAAAAAGAUGAAGAUAAACUUGGAAUAUCUCCAUGGAAACACGACUUCAGAUGGACACAAGAUAAAUGUGACGGACCUUGCAACUCUUCUUCCAGCUGUAUCCAGAGUUGUGCUUGGAAGUUCCGUGGGGAAAUCGUCUUCACAUGUAAUCAAAACAAAUGGCAAAAGACAACUGAAACAUGUACAAGCCUCUCUGUGGACUCUCUGUUCCAGCACACACAUCCUGCAACUGGCCUUUCCAUGGCAUCGUCUUCUGUUUUUCCCAUGAACCUGAUGGGCAAUACGGCACCAGUGCGUGUUGGGAAUUUGUCUCAAGGAAUCCGACAUCACUGCCCUGAGGACUACAUCUGCAUAGUUGAUGCUAUAAACACCUCUGAAGUUACAUCUGGAAAUAUUGCAUUCAUAGUGGACUUAUUAAAAAAUAUCUCGCAAACUUAUGAAAUACAUGCUAAUGUGACUUGGAAGAAAAUGAAGAAUUAUGGGAAAAUGGCCAACCACAUCCUUGCCACUGCUGCCGUUCCAAAUUGGGCUUUCGUUGCCAACAAAAAUGCCAGCUCAGAUUUGCUGGAGUCAGUAAAUUCUUUUGCCAAGAAACUCCAAAUCCAAGGUGAAUCUGAGAGCACUGUAGAUGAGCUCUUCAUUCAGACGAAAGGCUCUCGCAUCUCUCAGGAUGCCGCAGAGAACAGAUUCAGCAUCUCCAUCCCCGUGGACAAUGCCACAGACCGUGUCUUGGUGCUGAUAGAGGUUCCCAGGCAAGCAGUACGCACACUGUCAUCCAAUGCUUCCCAAGCCAUUGGCAUAGCUUUUCCCACCUUGGGGGCCAUUUUGAAAGAAGCCUAUCAGCCAAAUAUAACUCUCCAAAAGCCCACAAGUGACCUGAUCCUGUCACUGGUUUUGCCCGAAGGUCUGAAUGAAAUCAUACUCACCUUUGAUAGAAUCAAUAAAUCCCAGAGCACCAGCGUCCAGUGUGUUGGCUGGCAUUCUCAGAGAAGGCAGUGGGACGAGAUGCCAUGCAAAACGGUGUCGGACAUCAACAACACACUGAAAUGCCAGUGUAAAUACACCAAAGCUGUAAUGUCUUUCUCCAUUCUCAUGUCAUCCAAACCCGUAAGGGACAAUGUCCUGAAAUAUAUCACUUUCAUUGGGCUCAGCAUCUCCAUCUUUAGCUUGGUCCUCUGCCUGCUCAUCGAAGCUGUGGUUUGGUCUCGGGUGGUUGUGUCAGAGAUAUCCUACAUGCGCCACGUGUGCAUUGUGAACAUUGCAGUGUGCCUCCUGACUGCAAACCUGUGGUUCAUCAUUGGCUCCAACUUUGAUGCAAAUAUUCAGGAGGACCACAAGUGGUGUGUGGCCGUGACAUUUUUCAGCCACUUUUUCUUCCUCUCUCUGUUCUUCUGGAUGCUCUUCAAGGCGUUGCUCAUAGUCUAUGGAAUACUGGUUGUCUUCCGCAGGAUGAUGAAGUCCCGGAUGAUGGCCAUUGGCUUUGCCGUUGGCUAUGGGUGUCCCCUCGUGAUUGCUGCCACCACAGUUAUUGUCACAGAGCCCGGGGAAGGCUACACCAGAAAAGAUGCCUGCUGGCUUAACUGGGGCCAAACCAAAGCCCUUUUUGCUUUUGCCAUCCCGGCCUUGGCCAUUGUGGCUGUGAAUCUUCUUGUGGUUCUGGCAGUUGCUGUCAACACACAGAGGCCUUUGAUUGGCAGUUCAAAAUCUCAGGACAUGGCCAUAGUUUUCAGGAUCAGCAAAAAUGUUGCCAUCCUCACCCCACUUCUGGGACUGACCUGGGGUUUUGGGGUAGCAACUCUGCUAGAAGGCACACACCUGGCGUUCCAUAUAAUCUUUGCUUUGCUCAAUGCUUUCCAGGGAUUUUUCAUCUUGCUGUUUGGUACCAUUAUGGAUCACAAGAUAAGGGAUGCUCUGAGGAUGAGGGUAUCUUCACUGAAGGGGAAAUCGAGGGCAGUAGAGAGGGCAUCAUUAAGUCCAGCCUGUGGAUCCAGAGUACUGAAUCGCUGAGACUAAAAUAGAUGUCUUGCUUGCUGUGAUGGAGAAGGCUCCAAGAGAAAGAUGCACAAACAUGCCUGGAAUGAAGUGACAUCACCUUCCAGCCAGGAGGGUUACUUAAGUCGGAAAACUAGCACAGAUUCAGAAUGGAUAAGUGAGCUUUUUAAAAGACUGACCUGCUGACUCUGACCUGACAAAGGCUGACUUUUUGGUCAUCUCGGCAAGAUUCACGAUCCAGCUGCAAAGCAUUGUACAGUUUCCUCGGCGAGCCCAUGGUUGGUGGACGGCCUGUGGGCUUGUCUGCUUUCACUCCUCCAGGCUGCUCUGUGGGUCUGGACCCAGUCAUUCUCCACACUGAGGGGACCCUGGAUGUCUCGGGCUGUCGGGUCAGACUCAGUGUCAGUGGUAGUG